AUGUGGCUUCUCAACACUACCACACUAACCCUUGAAUUUUUUACCUCGACCAAAGCACCACCACAUCCCUAUGUGAUUCUCUCCCACGUCUGGGAGACGGACGAAGUACUCUUCGAACAGGUCCAAGAGAGCCAACCAGCCAUACAAACGAAGAAAGGAUGGUUGAAAGUGAAACGCUUCUGCGCCCUAGCACUGGACCACGGAUUCGCAUACGCUUGGGUGGACACAUGUUGCAUCGACAAGCGCAGCAGCGUCGAGCUGUCCGAGGCACUCAACUCCAUGUAUAAGUAUUACUACGAUGCUGCAGUAUGCUAUAUAUACUUGGCAGACGUACCAAGUUGUGUCCCGACGGGGAGCAACUCGUCGAAUGCCGCGAUACCGGCGACGAGAGAGCAGCUACUCGCCAGCGUACGGGCUUCGCGCUGGUUCUCGAGAGGUUGGACGUUGCAAGAGCUACUCGUGCCUUCGCGCCGUAGCUUUUGGACCGCGGACUGGAUUGAGAUCGAAGGCGGAGACGAUCUGCUUAACGUGCUCGCCGAGGCCUCGGCGAUCAAUCAGGAAAUGCUUCAGGAUAGGGACCUGCUGCCUGAGUUCUGUAUCGCCGAGCGGAUGAAGUGGGCAUCUAAACGGGAAACAACGCGCGAAGAAGAUAUCGCGUAUUGUCUGAUGGGGAUUUUUAAUGUGAGCAUGCCAAUUCUCUACGGCGAAGGGGCAGUGGGCGCGUUCAAGAGAUUGCAAACUGAGAUCAUACGGAAUUCUUUCGACAUGACUAUUUUUGCCUGGCGCGCAGACUACGCGAACAGCGGGUGCCUCGCCCGGUCGCCCGCCGACUUUGCGAGUAUACCCCCUCUGGAUUUGCUCCUACCAUCUGACACAUCGUUCUCUAUGACGAGUAUGGGACUCGCCCUUCGGACGAGGGUUAGUGAGAUGUCGAGCCACCUCGUAGUCAACCGAAAGCUACCGGGUAACCCACAGCUACCGGACGACAUGCUUUUCGCUGCCGUAUGGUGCGACGUUGAAGUGCGGUCGGGGGAGUGGCAGGUUCCCAUGGUUCUUCUAGAACCAGUGCUUGAUUCAUCCUUUCAUGUUAACGGUCAGACCUGCCAGGGCUAUCGUAGAAUUCGAUGUUUGGAGUGGGUCACAGUGCCGUUUGAAGAGCUUGCCUGCUACUCUUAUAAGGAGCUUGUCAUUUUGGAGGAUAAACAGUACGAUAUGACAUACCGUCUCAAUUUUUUCCAGUGA